UUCCUAGAACGUUUUUUGUACGAUAUCUUCAUGUUUAGUACAGUACCAAGAAGAGACUCGCAUUGUAAGCCAUCUUUUUCUCGGAAGGCAACAUUGGCACUUGUCCAGCACAAUCGAAAAUGUUUCUAAGAACCAGAAACCGAUGCUGACUGUUCUUGAUACAUGAGAAAACCGAAAUAGAUGUAAUAUAAAUAUACAGGCUUCCUAGCUAUGAAUUAGUGACAGACUUCCGGUUGUUUAUAUAUGGAGAAAGCUUGAAGAGAUUUUGUCAUUUUUGUGACACUUGGAAUGUAUUUGUCUAGUCGCGUGACAUGUUUAUUCUGGGAAAUGAACAAUACCCCAUUGUGGUGUAGUCACAUGAGUUAGCCUGUCAGUCGUAAUUUUCAAGAAUAGGAAAUAAAAAUGAAAUAAGAACAACAAAACGGUGUGCAUGAGGUAGUUUGAUUAAAACAAAAUGAAAAGUAUGAAUAGAAGAGUGCAGAGCUGAAGUAUGAACCAGCUUUGGUUGUAUGAAUUUUGAACUUUGAACUUUUCAGAGCGCGUGACCAACUCUUCUAGAUAUGAAACCGGAAAUAUCGAUUCAUAAAACAACAGUAUAUUUGAAGCAUAAUGUAAACGAAAGGUCCAACUUACAGAUCGUUCAAGCUCUGUGUCUACAGUGGGUAAUAUUCUCAGUUGCAGUAAAAUGCCAUCAAGCACAAGCGGAGAACAAUUGGUGAACUCGGUGCCAGAAGAUAAUACAGAGGGUGAAGACAAGCUCUUAAAACGUAUUCGGAAUUAUUGCUGGCUCACUGGUCAAUAUUGGUCCGCAUUCGGGGAAACUGCCCCGAACACUAAACCUAAACGAUUUCUGUACGGGUUAUGGAAAGUUAUGAUGGGCAUUUUUGCUUUAAUAUAUUUCGCGUACAUGUCUGCCAAUGUCGGCUCGAGUAUAAAUCUGGAUCAACUAAGCGUGUUUUUUUUCUACUACCCAGUCUCGACUAUCGAGAGCAUUGUGUGGGAAUUUCGUUGGCUGGUAACCUGCCUGAUGGGCAUUCUCGUUACUCCAAGCAUUUGGAAAGAACUAUUCGAUAACAAUAAAGGUAAAUUGCACAAUGCCAUUAAUAUUAAAUGGAUAAAAAAUAGCUGGCUCUCGUGGAUUUUGCCCUGCGACCGCGUCGUUCUUGUUAUGUGGUUGCUUUCUGAAAUUGCAAUUCUUCGCGAGAUAUCGUCUAAUUUUGGAGAUAGUAUAACACCUUCCAAAGCAUUGCGAUUUUCCAUAGACGCAAUUUUGACGCUUGUUGACCGGAUUAUCGCUUUACCGCUGUUCUUCCUCCUUUGCAUUACCAUAUAUACACUUGGCUGCAUGGUCGAAGAGUAUUGUAAUAAAAUCAUAGAGUGGGAAAUAAAAAAAUGCGAUGGCGCAUCCACGAGCAAAGGCGAAGAAACGAGUAAUGCCCAGAAAGAAAGUGAAAAUUCAGCGAGAGAAGAGUUUCGAAAAAUCAAAGUUGCCAUUCGUACGGCGGGACUAAAAUUCGAGUUAUUCCUGACGGUCCAUUUCGUGCUACUGGUGUGCACCUUUUUUCUCGGAAUCUGCUCUUGUUUCGAAGAAUCAGAAGUGAAGAUUCCAAUGUCAAAUUCCACUCGCACAGUUCUUUUGCCAUUUCAGAUUCCACAAAGCGCGAGGUUCGUCGACCUUGGUAUAAAUGUUUCACAUCGCUGUAUCUACACUACUACAGACAAGAUAUACGACAUUGGAAAACCGAUUACCCAAUCAAAGAGCUUGACAAGAGCUGAAAAAAACACCAACACAGGAUUAAGGAACGCCGCAAACAUAGGAAAGCAUGCCACCAAUGGAGCGAAUAACAGUCUGAGCUUGGAAGAUGAGUUCGAGGAGUUGAGAUACGAAUUAAUAAAACGAAGUGUGGCAAGUGCUUGGAUAUUGAUGGCAGUAAGAACAAUUGAAUCAUUUGUGCUCUAUAUUUUACCCCUAGCCCUAAUGGCCCGGCUUCAAAAUCGUUUGCGACGCAUCUACGAGGUGAUUGAAGAUUGCAAUUUGAAGGAACAAAAAGAUAACGGGUACCUUUUCGACAACGUUGAGGUCAUAAGGCGCAUGUGCAAAUACGUGAAGACUGCGCAUGGCUUUCGGAUCUACGGAUACACCCUGCCAACGUUUGAGACGUUUUUCCUGGCAGCUUUCAUGCCGUUUAUUACAGCGACUAUCCAGUUGUUGCUCUGUCAUAUUCACAUGAAAGAGGGAUAAUUAUAGAUCGGAAUCGAGGUUUUUGUAAUAAUUAUCAUUGUAAUUCCAUAUAGCACAGUCAGGAAAGCAUAUGUUGCGUCAUACGAUAAUUUAACGUUAGGGAUUAGGGAUAAUUUAACGAUAGGGAUUAUGUGAACAUCAAAGACGAUGUGGAAAUGGCGAAUAUAUGGCGUGGCAUGUCGAUAUAUAGACGUAUCACGCCAUUUUUAUGUCGUAUUGGUCGUUCACGUGCUCAUGCUAAAUCUCCUUAUUAUAUGUUCAGUGAAGUUUUAAGCCUCUUACAGACGAGCAAGUUUUCUAGGGUAGUGUCACAGCUCUUCGCAAGAAUGACUCUCAUUGGCUGAACUUUACAAUACAUUUCUGUUUCAACCAAUAGCAUAGUUUUGUUCUUUAAAAAGCAUAGAAAA